AUGCUGGAUGUGAUCGAGAGCAAAAAGCUGAUCAACUUUGUUGGAUUGGAAGACUUCGCGGAUCGACUCUCGUUCCAAUACUCUUUUGUGCUGCUUAUCUUGGUCACCUUCAUACUCGGCGUCAAGCAGUACCUGCUGGACGGUAUCGCCUGCUACAUGUCGCCGGUACCAGGCGGAACCCCGAUUAACACCUACAUGGAAAAUUACUGUUGGGUGCAUGGCACCAUUCCCAUUCUCAACCACGAGAAGAUGCCUGAAGACGAGGAGGGCUGGCUGGAAAUGGACAAGCACAGAAUCGGUAAGCGAAACCACUCUAGUCCAGACCAGAUGGGCACUUUUUCACGUCAUUUCGCUUAA